AUGACUGAGUCUACUGGAAGUGCCCAAGCAGAUACUCCAGCCUCAAGCAGUGUCCAAGCAGACAUUCCAGCCUCAAGCAGUGUCCAAGCAUACACCCCAGCCUCAAGCGGUGCCCAAGCAGAUACUCCAGCCUCAAGCAGUGCCCAAGCAGAUACUCCAGCCUCAAGCAGUGCCCAAGCAGAUACUCCAGCCUCAAGCAGUGCCCAAGCAGACACUUCAACCUCAAGCAGUGCUCAAGCAGACACUCCAGCCUCAAGCAGUGCCCAAGCAGACACUCCAGCCUCAAGCAGUGCCCAAGCAGAUACUCCAGCCUCAAGCAGUGUCCAAGCAUACACCCCAGCCUCAAGCGGUGCCCAAGCAGAUACUCCAGCCUCAAGCAGUGCCCAAGUAGAUACUCCAGCCUCAAGCAGUGCCCAAGCAGAUACUCCAGCCUCAAGCAGUGCCCAAGCAGAUACUCCAGCCUCAAGCAGUGCCCAAGCAGACACUUCAACCUCAAGCAGUGCUCAAGCAGACACUCCAGCCUCAAGCAGUGCCCAAGCAGAUACUCCAGCCUCAAGCAGUGCCCAAGCAGACACUUCAACCUCAAGCAGUGCUCAAGCAGACACUCCAGCCUCAAGCAGUGCCCAAGCAGAUACUCCAGCCUCAAGCAGUGCCCAAGCAGAUACUCCAGCCUCAAGCAGUGCCCAAGCAGAUACUCCAGCCUCAAGCAGUGCCCAAGCAGACACUUCAACCUCAAGCAGUGCUCAAGCAGACACUCCAGCCUCAAGCAGUGCCCAAGCAGAUACUCCAGCCUCAAGCAGUGCCCAAGCAGACACUUCAACCUCAAGCAGUGCUCAAGCAGACACUCCAGCCUCAAGCAGUGCCCAAGCAGACACUCCAGCCUCAAGCAGUGCCCAAGCAGAUACUCCAGCCUCAAGCAGUGCCCAAGCAGACACCCCGAGCAUCAAGCAGACACUAACAUGA